AUGGCUCUAGACUCGAAGGCGAUCAUUUCCAGGUUCCAAGAUUACCUCCGUAUAAACACCGUACAACCUAACCCUGAUUACUACGCAGCCGCAAACUUCAUUAAAUUACAAGCUCAGUCCAUCUCUCUCCAAUACCAACCAAUCGAGUUCGUUCAGGGAAAGCCUAUUGUUCUCCUGAAAUGGGCUGGCUCAGAGCCUUCGUUACCUGCGAUUCUCUUGAACUCUCACGUCGACGUCGUCCCCUUUGAGGCAGAGAAGUGGGAUCAUCCACCGCUAGGAGCAGAGAUCGACGAAGACGGUAGAAUAUACGCGAGGGGAACUCAGGACAUGAAGAGCGUUGGGAUGCAGUACUUAGAAGCCAUUCGAAAGCUUGUAGCCUCUGGAUAUAAGCCGCUUAGAUCGGUAUAUGUCACGUUCGUUCCUGAUGAAGAGAUCGGUGGCGCUGAUGGUGUUGGGCGGUUCGUGGAGAGUCGGAAAUAUUCAAGAGCUUGA